AUGACAGAUCCUUCAUUACUAAGCAGCCAUUCAACAAGCCCAAGCUCAUCUGAUGAUGAUGAACACAAAAAUUUUAAAUUUCCAAGUGACUUAGUAGAAGGCAAACUUUUCAGAACUAGAAGCUAUUCCUCUAGCGGAUCAUUCUUGGAUAAUAUUCCAGAAGAGAAUGAGGAAGAAAUAGAGGAGUACAAAGGGCGAAGGGGUUCACUGCCAGGAGACUCCCUCAGCCUCCGUGGAUCCCCUAGAAGAAAAGAUGUUUUUCAUAGCUUAAUUUCUGGUGAAAAAUUCUUAGACGACAUCAGUUUAAUUGAUAAGCCGAAAAAGAGGUUUUCUUUUGGAACCACUGAAGAGCAAGUUAUUCCAGAAGAGGACUUGCAAGUUAGCGAUAAAGAUUUUGGGACAAGAGUAUCCCUUCCUGUUGACAAAAAGGAUGAGCCCUAUAGUGUCAAAAGAAGGAAUCCAUUUGAGGUCCAAGAAAGCAUUGUUGAGGAAAGGGUUGAAGAAGACAGACAAAUCGUUAAGCAUGACGAAUUUUUAAAAGUGUUGGAAAGAUAUGAGCCAGAAGAAUCUCCACAUGCAAGCUUCGUUUCGAUUUCUGCAGAGCCUAUUAAUGAAGUUGAAGAGGAAGAAGAAGUGCUGUUAAAGCAUGAUGAAUUUCUUAAAAAAAUUACAAAGCAGGAUGAGAAUUUUGUAAAUCAGGAUGGAAUGAGAAGCAGCCUGCAAGAAACUGUGGAAGAGGAGGAUGAAGAUAUAAAGGAUAAUUAA